AUGCACAGGCAGUGUGCGAUCCUGUUCAUCUUCUCCGUCUUUCUCGCGACUUUUGGUGUCACUUUAGCGCUCGACCAAGCGAACGGAGGUGCUCGUAGACUGAGAUCACUCACGGCCCAUACCAGAGCCAAGGGUGGGGGCUUUGAAGAGCGAGCUGGUAUUCCUGUGUUGCCCAAAAUCGCGGAGCAGGCAGCGAAGAUACUUCCAUCUUCGUUCAACCUCGCAAACAAGGUGUGGCUCAAGUCUCUAACCGACCCGAGGGAUGUGUUCAAGACGCUGCGUCUUGGCGAGGCUAGCCUGACAAGGCUCGACGAUAAUCCGAAGUUCUUGCAGUGGCUCAAGUAUGUCACCAUGUACAGGGCUAAGAGAGAGGGACCCUGGUUCACGGACAUCAGUGCGCUUAAUCUCUUGAGAACGACGACGCCGGAUGCGGAGCUGGUAGUUCUUCUUCAGUCGAUUAAACUGGUUUCAAACAUGAAGAAAUCAGCAGAGACGAUGCAGCGAUACGUGCUUGAAACUUCAGCGCCCGCUAUACACAGGUGGAUGCACGAGGUGUGGCUGCGUGGAGGAGAAACUCCGCAGAGUGUUUUCAAUAUCCUACCGAAGGACAGCCCCGUGUUCCUCCAGUGGCUCCGCUUCACUGAGAGGUACAAAGUUAAGUUACGUGAAACUUCCUAUUCUGACCGCCAAACGCUGAAAAUCCUGCUGGAGACAAGACAACAUGCACCGGAGAUAAAACUGGCGAGUUUUUUUUCCAGUCACUUAAGACGAUUCCGGACCUGA